AUGUCAGUGCUUGCUGCACUGUGUUGUUGUGCCGGUUUCCAGCCAUCAAUAGUCGUUGUAAGUGGUCAGAAAUACGAGAUCCAAAAACUACUGGGCGAAGGAGGGUUCUCGUUUGUAUAUCUCGUCAAAACCGCUUCAAGCGAGCUCCUAGCGCUCAAGAAAACCCGGUGUCCAUUUGGUAGCAUUGGCACGAUAUCGCCGGCCAUGAAAGAGGUCACCAACUACAAAAGAUUCCAAAGCCCCUACAUCGUACAACUUGUCGACUCGCAAGUUUCGCAGGAAAAAGAUGGCUCCAAGACCGUGUAUAUCCUGCUGCCGUAUUUCUCCCGGGGUUCUUUACAAGAUGAGAUUGACCGAAACCUUUUGAACUGCACUGAAAUGUCCGAACUGGACAUUGUGCGAUUUUCAGUGGGCAUCGCCCGGGGUUUGCUGUGCAUUCAUGAAUCUAAUGUGAACGACGAUGCAGAGGUCACCUACAGCAUUGUAUCUGCACCGUACCACGACGAUACCUCGCUUUUGAACGAUCUGGAGCUCGACACCUUUGGCGAAUCCCAGCAAUCGUAUGCGCACCGCGAUUUGAAGCCUGCCAACGUGAUGAUAUCGCCUGAAGGUAUGCCUGUUAUAAGCGAUCUGGGCUCGUGUUCUCGGGCAGUGCUCGAGAUCAGCUCCCGACAGGGACUGCUGCAGUUUCAGGAGUGGAGCUCCGAACAUUGCACGCCGGCUUUCACUGCUCCUGAAAUAGUCGAUGCUCAGCUCAAGUCCGUGAUAACGGAAAAGUGCGAUAUAUGGUCGUUGGGCUGUACUAUCUACGCUAUGUGCUUUGGGAUCUCACCGUUCGAGCGAGAGGAACAAAUCAGCGGUGCUUCGAUCUCCUAUGCCAUCACAACGGGGAAAUACACUAUACCGCGAGGCACUCACCGCAGUGCUAAGCUCAUCGAUAUAAUACACCAGUGUUUGAAAGUAGAUCCAGCUGAAAGACCCUCCAGCGGUGAACUUUUGACGCUGUUGAUGGAUUUGCAAGGUGAACUGGUCUCGUGA